AUGGAGCUGGGUUCGAAGUGGUUUGCGGACCUGGGCCCACCCUUCGGUGUGAUGUACUGCAUCAAAUGUGAGUGUGUUGCGGUACAAAAGAAGAGACGAGUUGUAGCUAAGGUUCACUGCCGGAACAUCAAGAAUGAAUGUCCGGAACCCUCAUGUGACACGCCAGUGCUUUUGCCUGGCAGAUGUUGCAAGACUUGCGCGGGAGAUCUUAACUCUCCAGAUAUUGUUCAAGAAGAUAGUCCAGUCGUCAUAACUACUGAAGAAGAUGAACGCAACAUGAAAUACUUUGCAUCAUUUCUAACUGGACGAUCUCCGCUAUGUGUGAGGCGCGAUGACAUGUCAGGAGUGCCAGUUGCACCAGGCGUAGCAACAGCGCGCCUUACAUUUCGGCGACGUCAUCUUUAUUGGUCUGUCCUCCUAAGUCCUUCAAUACAAAAUCAACCCCGAGCAUUAGCUUUCCUCGAUCGAGAAGGACGAGUUCUCUUAGAACAAUCUUUGAAGAAAAUACCCGGGAUUCACGCCACUUAUGAAGAAAAAACAGAUAAGCUUUGCGGUGUUUGGCGCCGAGUACCACGACAGUACAAAACGUUGCUAAGAGAUGGCGAUCUGCAUAUAGCAUUACUAUGGGGUGAUACUAGAAACAAUUCUAUCGAUGGCGCUCUUAGCGGUAGAAUCGACAGGUAUCCGGCUUUAUCAUCAGAGAUGUUUACGACUUUGUUGGAGCCGGAGCACCCGCCUGCUUCCAUUGGCCAAGGAGCAUGCGUGGAUUAUCCAACAAUGGAAUAUGAAGAUGGAUGGUGGGGAGGGACUGCAGUUAUAACAGCAGUUGCUGGAGCCACUCCAAGUUUAUACUUAGCAAUUGUUUUCAAUGGAGUCUUUCCCAAGACACCUGGUGCUCCACAUCUUGUUAGAGUCGUUCUAACAUUGCCCGAAAAGAAUCAAACGAUAAUUGAUCAGGUGCAGAAGGUAAGCAAACCCCAUUACGACUUCAACGUUCUCGAAGUUUCUACACCUGUGUCUGCAGCAGAACUACGUUCUUUAGCAAGGGGGAGAUUGUAUUUGUCUGUAGAAGCAGUCGGGUCUCCUGAAAGACGCAUUGUAGGGAGCGUCAGACAAAAAGCUGCUUGCGAAUUGUACAAUGCUCCGCUAGUUGCCGAGAGGCUGCCAGCAACGCCCGCUCCUGAAGGACUUGCCUUGCUUUACAUCGACAAAGAAGGUUCUCUUGUCUAUGACAUUCAGGUAGACAAUUUGGGAAUUACAGAUCCAAAAAUAACUUUAGUAGAGGAACAAGGCAAGCGUCACUCUCAGGUGGAAAUUUUAGACACACGUAUUGGAGUUUUGGCAAGACCAAGUGCAAGAAUCUUCCAGCCAUUGUAUGAAGAACAGUUGGCUGUACACAUUAGCGGCGAUACUGGACCACCGUUGCUUCGUGGGCGUCUUACGUCUAGGAUGCUGCCAGAUGCCGCAGGGUCUGGCCCCGCGUUGCUGCGUCGCACAGGACAAGUUCGCUUACCCGCUAAUAUGGCCGGCCUAGCUUGGCUGUCCGUUGAUUCCUUGUGUGGAUUGUAUUAUGAGACAGUCGUAACUGGAAGCAAUGCCCGUUCAUGGUCGAGCUGGUGGCUGGUGACACAUACAGCUGAAGAUGGAGGAGCCAGAGAGCUGGGUGGUGAAGAGGGCUGGGUGCUGGAGCCCACUGCGGCAGAACUAGUAGCUCUGCAUGUUGGCGUGGCACACCUGGAGUUGAGACAUGAUAAUGUCACCGUUCUACUGCGCACUAGAGUACCUCAGAUAAUUGUACCACCAUCGUGUCUGCCAGCAGUUCCUGGAACGGCUGACAAUGAGCUAAGCGCAAAGUAUACACCAGGGCCGUCAGAAGAUCAGAUUUCUGAUUAUUCGUUGUUCAGGCUGAAUGUUAACUAUUGUACACAGCGUGACAAGUUCUACAAGUUGGGGGAGAUUUGGACAGAUACUGAGACGUGUUCAAAAUGCUGGUGUGUGCUGGGUAUGCCACGAUGUGAGCCAAUCCAAUGUCCGCCGGUCAACUGCUUGGUACCCACGAUCAAGCCACCAGGACAAUGCUGCCCUAUAUGCACCAAUUCAACAACAGCGGUCUGGUCAGAAAACGGUAGCUGUUCACUAGCAGAUCAAACUUAUGCACCGGGUUCAUCAUGGCAUCCAUACCUUGUACCCGGUGGAUAUGACACGUGCGCCAUCUGCACAUGCAACUUUCAAACGCGACAAAUACAAUGUCCACGCGUCCGGUGUCCACCAUUAAAGUGUAGUGAGAAGGAUGCCUAUAGACCUGACAAAAAGGCUUGUUGUCGAGUUUGUCCAGAGUUGAAGGCAAAAAAACCAGAUGAAGAGACUCCUAAAGAUCAAGGGACACCACGAACAGCUGAAGAAAUUCUUGCUGAAGGCGGCUGUAAGUUCCCUGACGGACCCCUACCAAACGGCAAGGAAGUACAUCCGUCAAUACACUCUCACGGAGAACAGCGAUGCGUUACGUGCCGGUGCAAGGAUGGUGAAGUGACUUGCGUCCGCAAGAGAUGCGGUCGCGCCGCGUGCCAGCGACGGCGGCGCGUGGACGCGUGCUGUGCGUGCGCACGCCACCGCCGACAGCGCCGCACGGAGCGCCCCGCGCAUUCUACGCACUCCCUCACGAUGCCCGUAGCGCGCUCGCCCAGCUGA